UAUAAAUACCGAAGUUGAUUUAGUUGGAUCAAGCAGUCGAUACAUCCAAACCGUGCUAAAAUGUUCAACAAAUCGAUCGUCGUUGCCCUAAUUGUGUGCGCCUGCUACCUGGGCACUAUUGAGGCUCGUCCUGACAUCACUGAUCCACUAAACUUAGCUAAGCCCUUAGUAAUGGGUGGAGUGGCUGCCGCGGUUGAGACAGUCCCAACAUUGGUAGAGAAUGUUAACCCACUUAAAUCAAAACCGGAUUUACCACUACCACUACCACCACUACCAGUGCCACUUCACCUCUAAAGCCGGAAAUCAAUUUGAUGUCAAUUUAACAAUGUUUCAUAUAUAAAUAUUUAGUUUGUGAAGAUUUGUAAAAUUUUAAUUGAAAAUAAAGUAAAGUU